AUGAUCAAUAUUUUCGCUGCCUUAAAUUAUACGAAGGAAAGGCAGGUGAAUUUUGCUGUAUUCAAAUUUGAAGGACUAGCCAGAGCUUGGUGGAAUGUAAUUAGAGCUAAGUGGGAUAGAGAACGGACGGCAUGGACCUGGUUAAAUUUCGUGCGAGAGUUUAACGAGAAAUAUCUCCCACCCCUAAUUCAAGAGAAGAGGGAGGACGAUUUCAUUAAGCUCCAUCAAGGAACUUUAAGUGUAUCCGAGUAUGAGAUUCAGUUCACCAAGUUAUCCAAGUUUACUCCCGAAUUAAUAGUUACGGAGCAAAGAAGGAUGAGGCGGCUUAUACGGGGACUAAAUAUAGAAAUACAGGAAGCCUUGGCGGCGGCACAAAUUAAUACCUUUACGGAGGUUCUUGAGAAAGCCCAGAGGAUAGAAAUUGCGAGGGCACAGGUGAGGGCUUUUCAUGCAAUGAGGAGGGGUGCGCCUAGUGGAAGUCAGGGGGCAGGUAGAAGGUGA